AUGGAAAAUAAGGAUGCUUUCACGCUUAAAGGGAGUAGAAAACAGUCGUGGUUUGAUUGCCACAAAAGGUUCUUGCCUCGUGGUCACCCGUACCGUCAUAACACAACUCAUUUCCGUAAAGGGAAAACCGUAAAUCAAGAAUUCAGACAGCCGAAAACCGGAGAAGAAUUGCUGGCAGAGGUGGACAGUCUGGGUUUUAUGAAGGCAUAUGAAAUUGGGGCUGAGAAAAAUAAUGUUGCAAAGGACGGAAAAAAGGCUUUACUCGAGUGGAUUAAGUUAAUAAAGUUUCCAGAUGGUUAUGCGUCUAACUUUUCCAGAUGUGUCGAUACAAUCAGUCUGAAAAUGCAUGGAAUGAAAAGUCAUGACUGCCACAUUUUUAUGCAAAGAAUUUCGCCAAUCGCUCUCCGUGAGCUAUUACCGAAGGAAGUGUGGGAGCCAUUAAUAGAGCUGAGUAUCUUUUUCCGUGCGUUAACCUCCACGUCUCUAACAGAGAAAGAUAUAGAACGUAUGAGGCUGGAAAUCCCAAAGAUACUGUGCAAGCUAGAACGUAUUUUUCCGCCAAGGUUUUUUGACUCCAUGGAACAUCUACCCGUACAUCUACCGAUCGAAGCUAUGAUGGCAGGGCCGGUUCAGUAUCGCUGGAUAUAUUUAAGAAAACUGAAAAAAAGAGUCUCCAAUAAAGGGAGGGUAGAAGGAAGCAUCAGCAGCGGAUACUUGAAUGAAGAAAUAGCAAAAUUUGCAGCUUAUUACUUUUCAGAAGGUGACCCAAUGAUACCUGAGCGGCUGCAAAGAAAUGAAGUUUGUGACAUUAAAAUCGACGACGAUGUUGACAGACUAUCUAUUUUCAAGCCUCACGGGCAAUCAGUGGGUGCUUGCCGAAAGAGAUAUCUCGAAGAUGCUGAGAUUGUUGCUGCUCAGACAUAUGUUCUGUUGAAUUGUUCAGAAAUUGAAAAUUACAGAGAUAUUUUCGAAGGCGAGUUGCGGAGAGGAAACCCCGAUAUCAGCACCUCGCAAAUUGAAGCAAAUUUUCAGAGUGACUUUGCCUACUGGUUUCAACAAUAUGUAAGUAUUUUAAAAAUUGACUUUUAUGGAGUUCUGACAGACAUAAUUGAGUUGGAGUAUCCGACGCUUCCAAUGAAGACGACUGUCUUAUUUAAAUGCGAGUGGUUCGACCCAGCGCACAAUUCUGGCACAAUUAGUAACAAAAAAUACAACAUGGUGGAUACUAAUAACAGAAAGAGAUAUAAUAAGUAUGAACCUUUCAUCUUAGCCGAACAGGCCGAUCAAGUUCAUUGCCUACCAUAUCCAAGUAAAAAAAGGGAUAAAUUAAAUUGGUGGGCAAUUUGCAGAAUAAAGGCACGAUCAGAAUUUGACAUGCCCGAGGGGAUUAUCCCGGCCUUUCAAGUGAGACAGAAGAAAAUCCUCUAA